AGAGAGAGAGAGAGAGAGAGAGAGAGAGAGAGAGAGAGAGAGAGAGAGACUUCACUCAAGCUUCAAGGUUCACUGAAAUUUUGAGUGAGAAUCUUGCUAUUAGUUAACGAUAGCGCAUGCACGUUGCUGUGGAUUUAUUCGCCCCGGGUAUUUUCACUGUCCAAGUAACUUACCUAAUUUUUUUUUUUACAAAGUCGUAACUGUGUUGGGAAUUUCGUGCUACAGAUAAGACGUCUUAUUUAGAGUGGGAUAAAAACAACCAUGGUGAUCAAAGUUUACAUCGCAUCUUCCUCUGGAUCGAGUGCGAUCAAGAAGCAGCAGCAGGAUGUCAUGGGUUUCCUCGCGGCCAACAAGAUCGAGUUUGAGGAGUGCGACAUCGUCGUCAACGAGGACAACAGGAAGUGGAUGCGGGAGAACGUUCCGGAGAACAGCCGGCCAGUCACCGGGAAUCCCCUGCCCCCGCAGAUCUUCAACGAGGAGCGGUAUUGCGGGAAUUACGAAGCGUUUUUUGAUGCCCGAGAGGACUAUGCUGUCUAUGCCUUCUUGGGCCUAACUGCUCCUCCUGGCUCAAAGGUAAGCGGAGGAAGCACAGGCACUGGCUAGACAAGCACAACAGUGAUGUAGGAGUUCCUUCCCCACUCCUGAGCGCCCUCUCUUGUCCGCCUCCAGUACUUCACCCCAGCACCUGUGGUUUCUGGAAAAACAUUUCCCGGGAGACAAUACUAAUCGUGACAAUGCCAUUAGGGGCAAAAACAUUUGAGCAACUUACUUUUCAUGCAUUUAAUUUGUAGUACAUUCUAUGCUUUCAGCAUAAAAUCCUAGAAUCCAUAGAAUCCCUUUCCUAUACCAUGGGACAAAGUUAAUGUCAUACUGAUGAAUGUUUAUCAGUCUUUACUGCAGAUUUUAGCAUGGCUGAUCUAAUUUCCACUACCACACUUGUGCACACGCAAGCACAUUUACACAGUGAAUAGUGAUCUUAUAACUUAGCAUAAUACAUUAUGGAUUAUAUUAUUCUUAAAUAUUACUGCGUAAAGGACAUUGAAUGUUGCCACUCAAAUGUAAGUAAUUUUGGGUUAAAACCUGGCUGCCUAUCCAUUUUUCUGAGACUAAAUGCCUCUGCAAUUCCUAAUAUGUUCCUGUUUUCAGUUUUGCACAUUUUGUAUGCAAUAAAGAAGAACAUGCCAAAAAUCUAUGUCUGUUAAGGGCAGCAGAGAAAAUGUGUGUUACAUUGUCAUUGUGUGCUUGUCACGCAAUACAAAAACUAUUCUCUGCACUAGCUUCAAAGCUAAACGGUCAGAUGUUUAAUAUUUAUUUAGUAUUAAAGAUGGUAAACUGACUGCAUAGCUCACAGGUGUUCAGUGCGCUAUAUGUAAAGCUUUUUGAGUGAGGUCAUCUUGCCAAGCUGCAGUCAGCAGUUAUAUGGACUGCAUUAGUUUAAAAAUAGCAUGCCUGUUGUGGAUCCCCAGGUGCUGCACUUUAGUGCCCUCCAUUACGAACUCUGCUGCUGGGCAUGCCCCAGAGACGACAGAGCAAAAGCUUGCCUGAGUGAGCAAGGCGGGGGCUACCUCCAUACUAUUGUCAUAGCAGCAAUUGUAAUAAGUAAGCUGACUCAUAUUUAAAGUUCUGUUUACUUGCUAAUGUACAGAUACUCAGUGUGGACUUUGAAAGGAAAUGUAUAUUUAGUGCUCAAUAGUAUUCACUGCUCUAAGUGCUCUCCAAAAAUCUGGCCCUAACACCACUGUUGUAGAUGGCCCAUUCUCUGUUUAGAUGGGUGCACUUGUGUUUGCCGUAACCCAGCUGUGUUGGGAAAUAGUCAGUAUUCUGGGUAAAAUGAUUUUAACAGGUUUUUAUAGUAUAUAAGCCUACACAAAUAUCAUAUUGUAUGCAGAAAUGGAAAAUAAGCAUAGGAUUUUAUAAACAUCCCACUGAGAAAAGAAAUCUCAUUUUUAAGGGUGAACCUGGCCAAGAUGAAAGUGAAGAUUAAAAACAUGUAACAUCUCGGAAAAUCAUAAAAGCACCAAACACGAAAACAUAACUGCAGUAAUGAACUAUUAAAAAGUGUAACUAUUGGAAAGGACCACUGUAACACACAUCUUUUGACAGGAUAGUGAUGUUGGGGAAAUAUCUGCAACUUAUAAGCUGACCAUCAGUCUUAGCUGAGUAUUUUCAGUCACUGGCCAUGUCAAAAUUGAUUUUUCUGUUAUGAGAUGUAGCCUACUAUAAGCUUCUUUGUGAUAUAAAAUGCUUCUGAAAAGGAACAGCGAUA